GCCAGACUUUGCUUUGGGAGUCACUCCGGGUCUGCAGUCAGAGCGAGGAGGGACGCGUACCUGGACGCAAGCGCAGCUCGGACAUGCCUUCGCUGGGGUUGGAGAUUCUCGGGGUGAGCCUGGCCCUCUUGGGGUGGAUCUCCGCCAUCAUUUCCUGCGUGUUGCCCAUGUGGAGGGUGUCGGCCUUCAUCGGCGUGAACAUCGUCACGGCCCAGAUCACCUGGGAGGGCAUCUGGAUGCAGUGCGUGGUCCAGAGCACGGGUCAGAUGCAGUGCAAGAUCCACGACUCCAUGCUGGCCCUGAGCGGCGACCUUCAGGCGGCUCGCGCCCUCACCGUCAUCUCCAUUGUGUUGGGAGUCCUGGGACUCCUGGUCACCAUAACGGGGGCCAAGUGCACCAACUGCGUGGACGAGGAGGCCAGCAAAGCUCGCCUGAUGAUCGCCGCCGGGGUGGCCUUCAUCUUGGCGUCUCUCACGCAGCUCAUUCCCGUGUCGUGGUCGGCGCACACCAUCGUCAUGGAGUUCUACAGCCCGCUCAUCCCCGAGGCGCAGAAGAGGGAGAUAGGGGGGGCUCUGUACUUGGGCUGGGCCGCCGCUGGGUUUCUGCUCGUCGGCGGCGCCAUCCUCUGCUCCAGCUGCCCAAAGCCAGCGGAGAAAAGGUACGGCCCCCCGUCCAAGAUGGUGUACUCCCAAACCAGGUCGGUCGCCCCGAGCGGCUACGACAGAAGAGACUACGUCUGAGGGCGGACUCUACUCACAUCCGUCGCCAUGGAAACGCUGAACCAUCAGGGACAAACCUUCAUUAUGGACUUUAUCUUUAAUGAUUUUCUUCUUCUAUCACAUUUGUUGAAAGUGCCGAGUUAUUUCAAGUGUAUUUUGUACUUUGACGGUAGAUUUUCUUUUGGUUUAUUUCUGUUUUACCUAAAUAAAUGCAUAUUUGUUGUAAA